UUGUCUGCACUUGUUUUUCUACAGCACAAUGUGAACAUGGAUAAAAUUUAUUUUUACCCCCUUGUCUUUCACAGGAUUUCUUGGUAGAUUUCGUGGGCGAAUGAAAAUUUUCCAUCGUAAUUACAAAUAUCUACAGUAAUAAGUUCGUAAGAACAUAGUAAUGAAUGUCACAGCCUUCUUGAUUUGCCCUUUCAAAUAAUAUUCCGCUACAAAUGAUUAAUAGCAUUAAUGGUGCCAUUUUAUGCGUUCGGUGUUGCAGCUUUUUGCUACUAUGGAGAUAUUGUUUCAGGCUAUUCUAUCAACGAUACCGACGAAUUCAACAUUUAACACACGCGAAAGGGCGGGGCUGAAGAUAGCUUGAGACGGACACCUACCGAAUGAUUCAUGUUAUGGAACAUUUACUCAGAAUGUACUUAUUAACAAUGUACUACCCAAAUAGAUUCUUUCGGAUUAUUAGUAGGAGAAUGGCAGUAAAUGAUUACACGAAUGAACCCGUUUGUAUGAAAUGAAUUCUUAAGGAGGAAGCAAUAUGACAUGACGCUUAAAAGCCGGAAUAUGGAAGGUGCGAGAUAUUGCUAGGCAACGGGCGGCAAACAGAUAUCCACCACAACGAUUAUGUGAUGCAACAAUAGAGAAACUGUUGGAAGCGAUGUUUUCUGUGCCGUCCGCGCCGACGUAAUACAACGUUUGGUAGUGCGAGAAAUUGCAUAGAACAGCGAAAGUGCUAUAACUGUAGUUAACGAGUAAUAAGCAUUCAGUAAAGUCAGUAUUCGGUGCAAACAUUGUGUCUAAUCACUAACACAAGACAUUACAGAAAUGGAUAAAGAAGAAAGAGAAAGCUCUAUUAAGUGGCUUAAUUCCAUACCAUUAUCAAGGCAUACUAGAAACCUUGCAAGGGAUUUUUCUGAUGGAGUUUUGAUGGCAGAACUUCUUAAGUAUUAUUACCCAAAAUAUGUUGACCUGCACAACUAUUCACCAGCUUUUAAACGGGCAUCUAAAGUUGACAAUUGGUCUACUCUGAACAGGAAAGUUUUUAGAAAGCUCAAGUUUCAUAUCACAGACACCACGAUUGCAGAAAUAGUGUCAUGUACAGAAGAACCCAUACUGAAUCUUCUUACACAAAUCCGCCUCAUGGUUGGCAAUGAAGAUAGAGGCCAUUUGAAUGACUGUAGUGACUCUAGACAGAAGACAUCACCUCCUUCAAGGACGUUCUGCACUGAGAAAAAGAAAAUGGAGAAAAUGGAUUAUUUGGCACUACUGAAAAAGAAGAAUCAAGAGCUCUCUGAGAAAGAAGAAAUCAUCAAAGCUCUCACUCAGACGGUCUUGAAUUUGGAAAUUGAACUCCAACUGAAAAAUGAGAAUAUCAAGGAUAUAAGUUCAAAACUGAGCAUGAUGAACACACAUUUAUAUUUCUCAUUACUCUGAGCGAUACAACAAUGUGUCAAUCAAUAUUUUUCAUGCUCACAAUUAUACCUGAAUUUUAAAAGAGUUUGAUAUGUGUAGGAUUUGAGGUUCUUGCAGCUGUGGUUAUGAUGAGGAUGUGGUGGAUUCAAUGAAGACACUGGAGGUGGAAGACGAACACUCUACCCCUUCCCAGAAUGAGGUGGAUUCAAUGAAGAUAAUUACAUUAUAUUACAUUGCAUACCCUGGAUCCACAGUUACUCAAAAUGACCACAGAAUGUGGAAUAUGUCACAUAAAUACAAAAACAUAUGUGCAGUACAACUGACGUUUUCGCACCAGAAAACCCAAGAAAACAGUGGUAACACAUGAGGCUAUUGAAAAAUACAUCCACACAUACACAUCAGUACUGUCAAUAGAUGACAUUUACACAGCCUUUAAAUGGAUGAAUCACUUUUUAGACAAUAAGUAAUCAUCAACAAAGUAGAAUGAGUGUGUGUUUAGGUUUCAUGUUAGUGCUAAUUUAAAUCGUGCUUCUUUAUUCAGAAGACUUUUGAAAUCAGAUGGCAGAUUAUUAAAAGUUUUGAUCCCAGCAUAAUAUGCACUUUUCUGAAAGCAUUAGAGGUUAGCAGUUUGUUUAUGGAGAUAGUGCUUGUGUCUUGCAUUAACACUGUGUCCAUUUGCAUUGGUCUGAAAAUGUUCUUCGUUAUUUGUAAUGAAGUUUA